GAGUAAGUGCAUAGGGCUCAACACCGGUGAGAGGCGCGGACACAAAUCUCAAUGACUUAAAACAGUGGUGUCGUUUUUCCUCCCCCCCAAGACCUUUUGUUAUAUCUACAGCCAUUCUCUUAUGUUUAUAAUGAGAGGAUGGCUAAGAGGCGAGACGCCGACGAAGGACAGCUGAUUGCCACCGCGUACCAGCAAGACCACGACGAUGCACCGACUCCCGAAGGCGUAGGCAUGGAAGGUGGCGAUCGGGAUGACGAGCUGUCUCUGGAGGAGAUAUUGAUGCUGUACGGUCAACCGAUCAACGAGGAGCAGGCAUGGGCAGUUUGUUACCAGUGCUGCAGGUCACUUACACGCGGACACCGGCGAAGACUUUCCAAAUCCGACAGAGAGGUGGAUUAUGCGAGAAGAAUUGAGGGACCAGGGGAUGUCCGAAUUCGCAAAGACGGGACUGUUAGGUUGCAAACCCAGGAUGGGCAAGAUAAAUACAGCUCUCCUUGCACAUCGGUAGAGGUGAUCGAGUCCCUGGGCAUCAUGAUCUACAAGGCGCUGGACUACGGGCUGAAGGAGAACGAGGAGAGGGAGCUGAGCCCGCCCCUGGAGCAGCUCAUCGACCUCAUGACCAACAUGGCCGAGUCGGAGAGCGACGGCUGCCCCGACGAGGGCUACGAGGCCACCGAGGAGGAAGACGAGGAGGAGGACGGCGACGACGACCCCGCCGGCGCGUGCAACGUCCGCGGCUACCGGGACAUCCUCAAGCUGUGCACCUCCCACCUCCCCAGCCCCUCGGACGUGCCGAGCCACUACCAGGCCGUGUGCCGCGCCCUCUACGCCGAGACCAAGGAGCUCCGCACCUUCCUGGAAAAGAUCAAGAGCGCCAAAGAGAACCUGCGGAGGAUGGAAGGGGAAAGCCCAGAAGAGCCAGUGAGAGACCUGAACGAGCUGCAGAACGCUGACUGGGCUCGGUUCUGGGUGCAGGUGAUGAGGGACCUGCGGAAUGGAGUGAAGCUGAAGAAGGUCCAGGAGCGGCAAUAUGACCCCCUGCCCUUUGAGUACCAGCUCACGCCCUACGAAAUGCUGAUGGAUGACAUCCGCUCUAAGCGUUACAAGCUGCGCAAGGUCAUGGUGAACGGAGACAUCCCGCCCAGGUUAAAGAAGAGUGCCCAUGAGGUCAUCCUGGAGUUCAUCCGGUCCCGACCUCCUCUUAAUCCUGUCUCUGCCCGCAAGCUGAAGCCCCACCCCCCGCGGCCACGCAGCCUGCACGAGCGAAUUCUGGAGGAGAUCAAAGCAGAGAGGAAGCUGAGGCCCGUGUCCCCUGAGGAGAUCCGCAGGAGCCGGCUCGUAAUUCGACCGCUUAGCAUGUCUCAAAGCUUUGACUUGUCAGGGUCUGGCAAAAGCAUCAGCACGCCCCAGGAUUUGUAUUGUGGGAGAGGUGUGUACACUCCCGAAGCCCCCAAGAAGCGGCCAAUCAGCACGCUGGCUCUGGCCAAUGGGACGGCGCAAGGUCAGGCCCAGCGGAAUGGAACGGGAGGGGCACAGGCGCUGUCUCAGAGGAAGAGGCUGCUGAAGGCCCCCACCCUGGCUGAACUGAACAGCUCCGACUCGGACGAGGAAUCCACAUGUAUGUCGGCCAGCAGCUCCAGCAUGUCCACAUCGCUGAUGGAUGACACUUCCCCAGAGUCCGUCAUUGGCAAGAAGACCCCGCCCAUGUUCCUGCCCAUCUCCUCCACGCCGCAGCCGGAGAAGCGGCAGGUGUACCAGAGGAGGCACUCCAUCGAGAAGGAGACCCCCACCAGCGUCCGGCAGUUCGCGCCCCCAUCCCGCCAGAGCUCCAGGUCUCUGGUUGCCGUGGAGCCCAGCCCCAAGGCGGAGGAGUUCUGUUACCCAGUGGAGUGUCUGGCGCUCACGGUGGAGGAGGUGAUGCACAUCAGACAGGUUCUGGUCAAAGCCGAGCUGGAGAAGUUCCAGCAGUACCGCGACGUGUACAACGCACUCAAGAAAGGAAAGCUGUGUUUCUCCUGCCGCACAAAGAGGUUCUCCUUCUUCACCUGGUCCUACACCUGCCAAUUCUGUAAAAGGCCUGUAUGCUCACAGUGCUGUAAAAAGAUGAGACUGCCCUCUAAGCCCUUUGCCAACCUGCCCAUCUACUCCCUGGGUUCUGGCACUCUCCCUAGGGAGGAGGACACGUCCAGGGCGGACACGCCCUCCAAAAGCCCCCACCACCUGCAGAGGACAGGCUCCAGGGUGUCCAGGCAGGGGGAGCGCCCGUGCCGGGAGGAGGGCGAGCUCCCCAGGGAGCUUACGGAGGAUUGGAGCGCCAUGGACGUGUGCGUGGACUGCAAGAAGUUCAUCUCCGAGAUCAUCUCCUCCAGCAAGCGCAGCCUGGCCACCAAGCGCGCGCGCCUAAAGCGCAAGACGCAGUCCUUCAACGCGUCCUCGCCCGACACGCCCAGCUACCAGCCGUCCGAGCGGACCAUCAAAGAGGUGUAGACCCCCCCACCCUGCCCCGGUGCCUUCUCCGUCCC